AUCGCUCUCCAGUCCGAACAGGCCCCGAGAACUCCGGUGCCGUCGCCAAUUCGUGUGCAAACCGUCCCCAGGCAAAUCAGUAGUUUCGGAGGAGACGGACGAGCAACAACCAACUUGAUAAGCGCUUCCAAGCAACUUUUCCCAAAAACAACAAUAAAAGAAAACAUCCCUAAAAUGGUACAUCUUCGGGUCACUCUCGGUGUGUUGGGAGCCAUCGUGCUGGUAGCCGGUCUGCUGCCUAGCGGCAGCGCCUACGUUUACAUCAACCCAAACGGCAAGAGCCCAGAUCAGGAGGGCCAUUGCUACGACAAGGACACGAAUACGACUUUCGCGAUCGGCGAAAUGCGGCAGCGUGAGGGACGCUGCGAGUCGAUGCACUGCACCAGCGACUACGUCCUCAGCAUUAUGGGCUGCGGUGUCGUAGGCGCCGGACCGGGUACCAAAGUGACUGAGACAGACUUCGCCAAGCCGUACCCCGAUUGCUGCCCACAGCUGGCGCGGAUCGAAGCUGUCGAGGAAAUCUAGUCGGAGUAAAUCGGAGCGAUGCCGGCAUCCAGGAAAUGGUCGUCCACGCGUUCCACCGGCUGGCUGGCUCCAUCAACGUAAGCGUCACUAUCGCUAUCAAACUAUUAUGUGACCCCGUUGUUUUCGAGGUCGAGUGCCGGCUAUGUGGACGGUCGCCUUGAUAAAGCAAAGGCUACUAUGCUGCACAGCACUGGGCGCGGUAGCAAUGUACCAUUAGAAGGAAAUAAACCAACACAACAAUCAACCAUA